AAGAUAAUCAAUUCAAAGAAAUAAAAACUAAUGAAUAUAUUUUCUUUACCAAUUACAAAACUUUUAAAGACUAUUUAAUUGAAGAAAGAGUUAUAAAUGCUUCUUUAAAAAUAUAUAAUGAAACAAAAAAUAAAAGGUUGAAUAGUUUGUUAUCUUGGAUUGAAUUUCAUAUAAGAUCCACUUUUUAUGGAUGGAAUGAAGGAUAUAAAUAUCAUUACAUCAAUAAUACAUUAGAUUUAGUGGAAGAUAUUAAUAAAAGAAAUAUAAUAUUAAUUGAACAUUAUCUUAAAGAAGUAAAUAAAUAUUGUGAAGAAUUUAAUAUUAAAUACCUUUGGACUUGGAAUGAUUUAGAAAAGUACAAUGAAGAAUAUUUAGCGUAUUAA